UGCACCCCCAGGUUUAACUACGUUAAAUGUCAGAUUGCAAUAAACUAGAAGCUGUUGGUCGGGCCCGCGGAAAUGGGCGAGCAUAAUCUUCUUAAUCCCGGGUUUGUGGGACCUUUGGUAAACAUCCACACUGGAGACACUUUUUACUUUCCGAAUUUCCGAGCCUCGGGGGGACAACUGGCGGGGCUACAGUCUCUCCCCUACCCGAGAAGGGACAAUGUUUGCUCCCUCCCGUGGAACCCAUCCGAGUCCUGCAAUGGAUACUCUCAAUCCUAUUUUAGCAGCCCCGUGCCUAUUAACCCUUCUUUCAACCGGUCGUGUGAAAUUACUCGGCCGGAGGAGAGUAAAUGUUAUUAUAGCAACGACAGCGUGAGCAGCAGAGAGAGCUGUUCAGGUGGUGGCGGGAGCAGCCUAAAGCGAGAGGAUAAAGCGAGGGACACAUCAUCAUUCAUAACAUCUGAACACGGGAUGCACUCUGGCAGGGGCAGCAAUAACAUUGGUGCAUUUUCUAAGUAUAAUUAUGGGACCGAGCAACUCAUUCAAGACCCGCCGUCCUGCCAAUCUCUGGAAUCCGAUUCCAGCUCCUCGCUUCUCAACGAGGGCAGCAAAACUUCCUCCAGCGACCCUCAGACCCUUCUGUCCCCAGGAAACCACACCGCCCACUCGGGCAACAUAGCUGCAUGCGGAGGUGCCCCGUGGUACCCGAUGCACACCCGGACCCGAAAGAAACGCAAGCCCUACUCCAAGCUCCAACUGUCCGACCUGGAGGGCGAGUUCAUGCUGAAUGAGUUCAUCACCAGACAGCGGCGGAGGGAGCUGUCUAACCGCCUCAACCUCAGCGAUCAACAGGUUAAAAUCUGGUUCCAGAACCGGCGUAUGAAGAAGAAGAGACUGAUGAUGAGGGAGCAAGCUAUGGCCUUCUUUUAGAUUUAGUAGAGACGUGGCACCAUAAGGAUAAUCGAUUGACAGGCAGUGUUUCUCCUGUCUGCAAUUGCUAUAAAUGCAUGCAUGCACCCACCUAGCCUACUCUCGCUCCAUCUCCAUCAGAAGGUGCAAAAUGUUCAG